ACUUGCAUUUCUUUUCCUACAAAAUUUCUGCGAAAAGCUUUACUGCGUGUUUCGUGCAUGUGAAUUGCGGCAUCAACUAGGGAUCUCUACAUCAAGUCUUUCGAAACCGAAAUCAGGUAAUGUAUAUGAACCUCUGAUUUUGAGUUAAUCGAAGUGUUUUUCUUCUUUCUUCCUUUCUGUGAUUGAUUUAGAGUCCGUUGAAGGAAAUUAGGGUUAGAGGUGAGGAGGAUUUUGAAUGUGCAACAAAAGGGGAUUUUUUUUUUUUUUUAAAAGGGGAUCCUGACUUAUUCCUCCCCCCUACUUCGUGCAGAGUUUGAGAAAAUGUCGUCAGAAAGAACACAAAGUGUAGUAGGGAGUGAGGUGAUGCCCUUGGACUAUGGGAGCAUGGAUUCAAAGAGUAGUCCAUCUCCAUCUAGUUCGGAGAAAACGGUGGAGGGGGUGAGGGGAGAUGAGGUGGUGGAAGUUAGGAGGAAUGAGGUGGUGGGGGUUGAGGUAGAUAGCAUAUCCAUUACCGUGGUAGAAGUAGAGGGUAGAGGAGAGAAAGAUUAUGAUGUGAAUGCGGAGAUAGUAGAGGAGGUGAAGCAGUAUAGGUCUAAACUAAGGACCAGGGAUAGCCUGGGUCACUUUGUGGAAAAUUACGAGAUUUCUUCUCGAGUGUUAGUUAGGCCAACUGGGGUAGAGGAGAGAGCGUGUUCUGCUCCUCAGGACCAUUGGAUGCCCAUAUAUUCCCACUAUCUGAUAGCGGGAUUGAGGUUUCCAAUUCCUGAGUUGCUGGUAGGAUUAUUAUUAGAUUAUAAGAUAGGGUUGACACAAUUAGUCCCCAAUGCUAUGAGGGGGGGUAGUAGGAGGGAUAAGGGGUGGUAUUAUUUCACCCCUAGGGUAGCCAAGAGGGAGAGUAGGUCUUUGUUCACUGCGAGUCCUUCAUCCAUUAAAGGAUGGAAGGAAAAAUUCUUUUUUGUAGAUGAUACGGAGUGGGAGAGGGGAGAGGCCGAGGAAGUUGGUGAGGAAGGGGGGGAGCUACUAAACAUAAUGGACCUCACCAGCGCACAAUGCAUAGAAGCUGCUGAGCUCUAUGGGCCAAGCGCUUUGAGUGAAGCUGGAAUGGAUCAAUUCUUGAACACUGUUGGAGGAGCGGCCAUCCCCAAGAAGCCAAGGAAGAAGUCAAAGACUUCAACCAAGCAAGUGGAUGAGGGGAGGGCUAGGAAGGAGGUAGUGGUCACGGCUUUAGCUGAGACGGAGGAGGAGGUGCCACAGUUGAAGAGGAAGGGUUGGGAGGAGAGGAGGGCACUGCAAAAGAAGCAGAAGGUGGUGGAGGAGGAGACGGGGAAUGAGGUCCCUCUGUUCGUACCUCAACCUUCUCCUGUUGAGCUGGACCCUGAGCUCAGACAGUUGGAGGAGGGGGCUGAGGUACGAGCUCCUGGUAAGGGAAAGGGCCCUGUUCCCCCACUGAGGCCUCAGAGCAGCCUAUUCGAAGCGAAGAACAUAACGGGGGCUAGGUGGUUCAUCAACAACACCUUCCCUGAAGUGGACAGACGCAACGCGCGGGAGGAAGCUCUGAGGUAUGGUGGAGCGUCCGUGGUGAAGCACAUUCUAGAACUGCAGAAGGAGAAGGAGGAGUUGGGAAAGAAAAAUAAGGAACUGCAAGAGUCGCUGGAUGAGGUGGUUCCAACUGUGAAGCAGUUGAAGCAGGAGAGGUCUUCCCUGAGCACCAAGCUCGUCUUUGAAGAGAGUAAACGAAGGAUCUCAGAAAGCGAGCGUGAGGCUCAGGCGCAAGAACUAAAGUUGACGAAGGAGGCUUUCUUGGAGCUGAAGGAGAAUGUGCAGACUUUGGUGCAUAAUGGAAUGAAGGAGCACAUCAGCAACUUCAUUAGCUCCAGCUCGUUUGACAAUAUCGUCAACUUAUAUCGGCUGCCCACUGCCAUCAUUGCAUUCACGGACUGCAGGAAGAAGGUGAAGAUAGAAUAUCCCAAAGUGGAUAUUAUGCAGAUCACCUUCGGAGAGCAAGAAGGAGGAGUGGAGGAAGACGGUGAGAGCAUGUCAGCAAACUUCCGUCCUCAGAUCAAACUGAGGUGGGAGCAUGAUGCAAACGGACGUGCUGUUUUCCCUCCACAUUUCGACUUCGAGUUCGUUGUAGUGGAGGAAGAAGGGGCAGAGGUAAAGGAAGACGAGAUGGAGGUAGGAGUGGAAGGAGCUGAAGUGGAUGAGAGCCAACCAAUUCCAGAAGUGGAAAUUCAUCCAGUUCCCUCCGACGAUGAGCAGCCUCCUCUGCCAGACGAGCAGCAGCCAACACAGCCACCUCCUCCAGCUGAGUAGGAGCCAAUGGAGUCACCUCUCCCAGCGGAGAAAUAAUUUUAUUUUUUAAUUUUUUGUAAAAACAUUUAGACAGUUUGUAACACUGUUAUUUUGUUAAAUGAAAUUAUAUAUUUGUGUAUGUUUGGUUUAUAUUUUUGUUAUUUUUUAUUAAUAGAAGAACUGAGAGUAC